GCAACCUGGCUAAGCACCUUUCUCCAUGUUUAGUUUGGUCUACAUUACGUAUUAUUCAUAAAGUUUAGUUCCUGUUUGUGUGUUUCAACUUUGAUGCGUAUAUGUGUGUCUUGUUUCGAGCUGCUGUACUGUUUCGCACUGUUUGAGAAUUUGUUCCUUUGGACCAUUUGUCACAGUAAGGUUUCUCUCCUUUUGAGUCGAGUUAUUUAUAGAACAUAUGAAAUAUCACGAACAACGAAAAACCCACUACGGCGGAUCACUACACACGAGCAUUUUGUAACAGAAAAUGGCUGCCCCACCAGUUUCUCCAAUGUGUUUCCAAAACAAUUUUGAAAAUACGAUUUCUGAUGACGACGCUGAUGACUGUGACCAAAAUGGAGAUUAUAAACCCAGUGAAGAAGAAAUUGAAGUCGACAACGAAAAUGCGACAACGGGUUUGAAUUGGCAUCUGUUUUCAUCUGCAUGCGUUGAUAGCAGACAAACUUCAUUUGAAAUGACGGUAGAGCUAUUGCCACAAGAUGCUAACGAUUUGUCGGACCAAUCUAUUCAAGAUAUAGACGUAGUCGGAAUUCCCCCAAUAGGUUAUAAGUCAGGAAAGACUAAUACCUCGUCUUUUCCGAUGAAUUUUAAAGAAUCGUAUGCUUCCCCAUUGAUCAACUGGCAAACCGAACAAUUGAAACAAGAAAAUAAAAAAUUUAUGAGCGAAGUUUCGAAUAAUGUCGAUUUAAAUCAUACAUGGACCGGCCAUUUUCAAGCAGAAAGUAUCAAUCAAUAUGGAAAUAAAGAUACACGCGCAAAGGUGAUUCAAAAUCAACAUGUGGGACCAGACAGCGAUUCACUACCGUCUAAACCAAAAAGAUCAAACAAUAGUGAAAAUGUUCAGGAUCAAACGAAAAUCAGAGGGGAAGAAUUUACUGUCGCUCCAGCAUCGAGCGAGUGGGUCCUAACAGAGGACGAUCUUAAAGGCUUAAGUACCUAUACAGGGAGACCGGCGAAUGUGAAUCGAAACAAAAGGAGAGCUCCCAUGCGCAACACAGUUCCAGUGGAUGCCUCAGAAUUAACAUUACCACCAAUACCAGACACUUUCAAGAUCCGUCCGAAAUCGAAGCACAAAAUGACAUUUAUCAUGCCUUUAAGCCACGUGGCAAAGGUAGCCAAUAGCGACGAGCAGGACGAUGACGUCAUUUUAGCUCACCUGACAAGCGCUGGCAUAACCGAAUACGUGCCUUGUAUGCAAUGCUCUGGAAUCAACGGUUACAGCAAAGCUCCCGAACAAACAUUCCAAAUCAAUGGCAGAUGUCAACAGUGUGGCGGGGCAAUGACAUCCGCGUUGGAUGCCGUUAAAGCGUUGCGACGUUUGCAGUCAAUGUUCCAAGACGACAACUUGAUCGUUCAAGACGUCCGUAACGAUGGCAACUGUCUAUUUGCGGCAGUGGUGGAUCAGUUGAGAACGCAGGGGAAUUUCGAACACGACAUCUACAGUCUCCGAAAGGCCUCCGUAGAGUACUUACGAACUAAUCCUUAUGCGGACGAUGGUUCCCGUCUGGAUGCAUUUUUGGCUGGUGUAACCUGGGACCAGUACCUGUGGCAGAUGGAGGGAGAUGGCGUGUGGGGCGACCACAUGAUUCUAAAUGCCAUUGCCGAGGUUCUGCGUAUGAAUAUUGUUAUUUAUGGUGGAAUUGCGGACCAGCGCAAAACAACCAUUGUGCCUAAGUCUUGUACAGACCAAGCCAUUAGGGGCGAUGUCCGUAUUGGUCACCUAAUUGAAUCGCAUUACAUUAGUUUGAGGAAAAAAGACUGGAUGGAAAUAUUAGAUACACACCACGGCAAUGACCACAAACAUAGUUUAGAAACUUCAGGCAAUGCCAGCUUCCCUUUAAAUCAUUUGGAUAUGAUAAUGAAACUCGUUAUACAAUGCGAGUACGUGCAAAGCUUAACUCCGAAUCAGGCUCGUUUAUUCAAACCUUCGAGUGCGAGAGGGAAAGAGGAGACGAUACAAAUUGUAGGUGACUUCCUUUUAGAAGCAAUUCCUACGCCUUAUUCAGGACCGACACUUGAAAGUGUCCCAUUAAGCAAUGCAUUCUCGCAUGAAUCGAAUGUGACAUUGAUACCGGUUUUUUACUCGCCACAUGAUACAAUAGCUCGAUUCGAAAAUGACCAAGCGGCUCCAAAAGAUGUUGUGAUUUCCGGUAAUCCAUCAGAAGGUCCAAUCAAAUUGAUUCCCAUUAAACCGUCGUUAUGGAAAGGGCUAGUGCAUUAUUCAAACGGCAUAUCUUACCUGAAGACUUUUGAAUUAUCUGUUGACCUAAUACCCGUUAUUCUUAAGGAAACCUUAUUAUAUGGAGCAAAAACAAUUGGCUUGGAUGUCAAAUGCAUCAUUUCAUUUUGGUGCGAAUGGCCAAUCAGCGCAUUGGAAUGGGUUUCCAGAAAUAGACCCGGAAUGUUCCCAGCUUACGAUUUAGUACAUUCGCUAUUUAAUGGAGGUUGCGAUGUAGUUCCGUGCUUUUGUCAGACGGAAUAUGGCGAUGUUAUUGACGAUUGCACAAAUGUUUCAGAUGCAAAUACUCCUAUACACUGGUGUUUAUCGUUUGCUGUGCCUGAACGUUCGCUUUUCAGGAACUUGUCAAUGCAACAGCAUAGUUGUUUUCUGAUUUAUAGAGCUAUGGUUGAACAAUCCAUUACUGGUCAUGUCUUGCCGUCCUCUAUCGUCAAGAGUUUAUUUUUGUAUGCAUGUGAGAAUAUUCCACAAAACGAUUGGGAAAGUAAACCAGGUCAUUGCUUAUUGCUAUUGCUACGAAAUACAUUUAACGCCUUCAGCAGAAGAUUUUUGGCUCAUUAUUUUAUUUGUUCGAAAAACUUGCUGCGAUGUCUGUCAGAAUCUGUUCUACUAGAGUGUGCGUCAGAACUUCAGAAAUGUUGGUCCCGUCCGAUUGCAGCGCUGAACCAUGCGCUAGAAACACUCAACGUCGCCAGUUCAGAAAUCGGACCUGUGCUGGAUCAGAUAAUAGCUGAUAUGAAUGAGUUUGUUGUCGAUGGAAACGCGAAAAAGUCAUUCGUUAACUGCCUCUAUCCUUCAUCUGGAUAUAUUAUGCAGUCGAUGAUAAUAAACGGAGAAUAUGAAAAAGCUUUAACAACAAUCCAAGACAUUCAGACUCAGUUUGAGAAUGUUUUCUCAAAGCAAAUUAAUGUCGAACAGAUCAUCGUAUCUGUUCUUUCAAGAACGAACAUGUGUAGUCAAUGGACUUUUGCAUUGUUUAUGGAUAUUCGUUUGGGAACGCAGAUCUCGGCUGCUAUAUGUCAAGGUUUACCAAAAAUCCACAUCUCUGAAGUGUUCGGCCCCAAGGCCACGGAGCUUUUGGCCGAUACAGUAAUGCCGGAGAGUGCAAGUAUAGAGCAUGGAGACUUGACGUAUGCAGGCACUGUAAUGGAAAUCCUGCAGAAACUUAAAAAAGAUGACGCUAUGAUUGUUGUCAUAAAAUAUUAUCUUGAAACAUAUUCAAGAUUGGCUGGAGACAGCCUUGUGAUUCCUGUCAGAGACGAAGCGGCUCGUAAUGGAAUCAUUUCUGCCAAUUCAGGUAUGGUGAAACUUGUGGGAAGUAAAGCAGCCGUUACAGAAUACGAACUUUCUUCAGCUCUACCUUCGUACCUGAACUAUUUGCAUGGCUCCCUGUUCAAUACAUGCAAACCUCUAGGAAAGAUUGAAGAAUAUCGGUCAGUUUUCCCGGCGUAUAGGGCUUUAGCAACGCUUGUAAUGAGUGAAACCUUUACACGCAAUGUUCGUGUCAUAGAAAGCUGUCUUGGGGGAGGUGGAUCAUCUUCAGAGAGCAUUUUAAAUGAGCUCAUGAGUUCUAUGCACCCCAGCUCAAGACAAGACGAUCACGAUGCUUUUGAGGCUUUCGGCGAAAAUUUUUGAAAGAAAAAACUACCAGCUAGAACCGAUGCCCAAAUGGAUUUAUUUUAUUGAUGAAUUGGUAGGUUCAGGGUUUGCGAUCAUUCGGUUCCCGGUUCAGCCAAUAAUUUCGUAUGCACCUUUUCACCCAAAUGCGUCAAAGGUCUCUUUAGAAUAAACAUAUCAAUAUUCCGUUGCUGAAUACUGUCUCGCGAGUAAAUCCUGGUAUCGGAUCAUAACGUGAUCAGAGAAAGAGAUUGAAUGUUGACUAAAGAUACAUGUCGAUAUCAGAUAUAAACAUUACCACGUCGUAGCUGACAAUUUCUCUCAAACCUUUAUAUUGUAUUUUGUUCAAGGCAAAAUCGAUGGAUGGCCGUUUUAGCGAGAAAUCUUUUAACACACAUUAUCAUGCUUUUUUGUGUUGAUUAUUGUAUUGUGUUGAUUAUUGUAUUGUGUUGAUUAUUGUAUUGUGUUGAUUAUUGUAUUGUAUUGUGUUGAUUAUUGUAUUGUAUUGUGUUGAUUAUUGUAUUGUAUUGUGCUGAUUAUUGUAUUGUUGCAUUAUGAAAAACACAACCAUUGUCUAAUGUCAUUAUAACGACAUUAAAUUGUUGCACGUUUUUACAAAUUAUGCUCGUUCCCGCGCGUGCGUGCGCGCGCGUGUGUGUGUGUGUGUGUCAAUUUGAGUCCGUUGUAAUAUUGUUAAAACUUGUUAAUAUUUCUGUCAUGUUGUAAAAACUUCUAUCGAUUUUUUUGUAAAUAUUUUAUUUACAUGUUUGUAUAUGAUUAUUGUGCGAGAUAGUUAUUCAGUGUGUAACAAGAUAUUAUUAUACAGAUAUUAUGAAUACAUAUUUUACCUAGGUAUUACAUGAUCUAAGGUAUUGUAUCACAUUGAACGUUAGGUAAAAUGCUAAAUACAUGUUAAUUUUGAGUUGUGUGCGUCUUGAAAAAUGGUUGCAUGUUUUAAAUGUCAGAUAUUUUUUUUAAAACAUUUCACGCUUCAAUUACUUACAAUCGGAAUAUAAGACUUAUUCAUGUUUUAUUCCAUUAUUUUUACUAAUCGUCAAUAAUUAAUUUGUUAUUUAAUAUGAUAUAUUUUCUCUCAGCUCUCUCAUCGAAGCUUUAGUGCAAAAUUGUUAACGUAACAUCCGCUGAAAAGAGUAGCCAAACACGCGUUUUCAAAUAAACGGUACUGAAAUAAAGACGUAUAAAAUUAGACAUUGAACCGAGAUUAAAAAAACAUGAAACAGAUGGUUAUUAUAUGUGAGAUCUUCCUACGAAACAAAAAAAGUUCUACAAUUCCGAAAAAUAGGAUGUAGAGCGUUGCGCCUUUUAUAUUACAUACUUGUAUAACUUUAUAUGCACAUGAGUUCAUUAUGUCGUUGGGUUAUCAAAUGCCUUCCUAGUAAUACAACUUUAUUUUUUUGUUCAAUAUUCAUUCUGUUUUGAGAUUAGGGCACUAUAUCAUGUUUUCUUAAAUUAUGAUUUGCACAUUAAUUUCGUAAUGCGUGAUAAUUCCUUAAUAUUUGACUAUUAAUUGCUUCAACAACUAUAUCGUGUUAAUUUUUAAUUAUUGAAUAAACUUGCCUUGAUAAAGAUAUCGGUGUCAUUGACAAGAAUGCAAUAUGUUUUGUUAAAAUUUAUUCGAAAACGUGAGUGAUGAAUUUGAAAUAUGUAUGCUAUAUUGAUAAUAAAGCUGAUUAUAUGAUGAAUAAA